CCACAGACAGAGAAAGUCAGAUUAAUCUGCAUAAUUUCAGCAGCCAUAAGCCAUGAGACCACCUUCAUUUCUUUUGUUGUUUUUGCUCCUAACUGUCAUAGCUCCUGACGCCAUUCUAACAUCCAAACCAGCUUCUUGUAAGUCCGUCAACCUCGGAAACUACCGUGAGAUAGAGCUGGCUAGGGUUGUUGGCCCUGAAAGCAUUGCCUUUGACUGCCGUGGAAAUGGACCCUACGUUGGGGUUUCGGAUGGUACGAUCCUCAAAUGGCAAGGACCUCACCUGGGUUGGACGGAGUUCGCCUUCACCUCCCCAAACAGGGCAAGGAAACUAUGUGAUGGUUCAACCAACGUGACGAACGAACCAAUGUGUGGGAGGCCACUGGGAAUGAUGUUCCACCCUAAAACCUGUGAUCUCUACUUUGCAGAUGCCUACUUUGGGCUGAUGAAGACGGGGCCUAAUGGUGGUAAGGCGGAGGUUCUUGCCAAUUCUAUAGGAGGAGUCCCCUUCCUUUUUGUAAACUCUUUGGAUAUUGAUGAAGAAACAGGAAUCGUUUAUUUCACAGACACAAGCACUGUGUUCCAAAGAAGGGUAUGGGUUCAGUCGGUCCUAGCCGGUGACAAUACUGGUAGGCUACUACAAUACGACCCACGUACAAAGAAAGUGAAAGUAUUGCUCCACGGUCUGGGUUUUGCAAACGGCGUGGCUCUGAGCGGCGACAAGUCCUUUGUCCUCGUCGUCGAAUCCGCCGAGUUUAGAAUCCACAGGCUGUGGCUCCGAGGCCCCAAAGCUCAUGUGUUGGAACUUUUUACUCAGCUGCAGAGGCCUCCGGAUAACAUCAAGAGAACCAAAAAAGGAGAGUUUUGGGUUGGACUCAACAGUGGAAGAGGAGUUAAGGGAGUGCAGAACAAAGUGCAGAAUAUGAUAAAUAAUAAUGAAAGCUCGGGGGAGUUGUUGAAUGUGAAUGAUCCUGUGGGGGUGAAACUUGACAAACAAGGUAGGGUUUUGCAGGUUUUGGAUGGAGAGGGUGGUAAAGCUUUGCAGUCUGUUAGUGAGGUUGAAGAACACAAUGGGAUUUUGUGGAUUGGAUCAGUGGUGACUUCUUAUGUUGGUGUGAUCAAGAUUUAGAUCUUGGUUCAUUUCCUAAUUUGAUGUUAAAUUAUUUUUCGAUGUGUGAGUUUCUCUGUGUAUGUCAAGCAUGCAUUGAUUACAUUAGUUUGUGACGUUGUCGAGAUUACUUAUGGAGUGACUUAGAUAUUUGCAGGCAAUAAAAAGUGCUUUAUGGCUACAUUUGAAGAAAAAAAUUCAAGUGUUUCUGGUUA